ACACAAAAAAAGGGGUUGCGAGUGUUAAAGUACUUUGUGUAACUAGCGAAUAAAGUCAAAAGUGGGUGUCAUCAUAGUGACCACAGCGUACAAUAGUUUUGGUGGAAAAGAAAAAAGACAAUGAAAGAAAGACAAGCAGAGUGCGUACUCAGCGUACUGUACACGUCGUCUGCGAUCUUUUCUGUAACGGGUUUGAUCUGUUUGGCGACCAUUUGGCAAUACUGGGCAUGGAUAUUGAACGUUUGUAUCAGCAUCGAUUGCGGUUGUAUAUUGUACGGGAUCAAUACCUUUCGAACAUUCAUGGGAGGUGACGCAAAACUUUGCCACUUUGGAGUGUACGGUUUGAUUCCUACGCUUUUAAUCGGUCUCUGCCUUGGCGGAUAUCACGGAUAUCGAUGCUGCAUUGAUAAAAGUAUCGAGGAACCCGUACAAAUGUACGAUGAUGCCGCCAGAAACUUGAACAAAAGCGAAGCAACGGUAGUAGUGAGAGUCAAAAGAAGAACUCCGUACGAACAGUGGAUACCAGCUGUGUUUCUUGCAGUUUUGCUCUGCUGUUUAUCGUUGGUUCACGCAGUUCUAACGACUGAUGGUUACUAUAAAACUUGCAACAAUUACAGAAGAAGGUUGAUACAAAUUUUAGAUUCGAGAGGCCGCGAAGCCGAGGUGAUACAUAACAGACUCUCGUGCGGAGCAAUUUUUGACUUUAUGGAUUAUUUACAAUCGGACGUAGUGGUCGAUCAGAAUACAAACUGGGAACGAGGCAAAGAAACCGACACUGGUUUUGUUCUACGAUUAACCAUUAUUUCUACCUGGUUGAACUUUAUCGCCUGGAUGUUCAUAGUCUUAUUCAAUAUCGUAAUCGCACGUAAAAAGUUUCGUUGCUGUUAAAUAUCAUUUUGACAGAUAUAAAUGUUUAUUUCGUUAUUUUCUUAAAUGAAAUUUUUUAUUAUUUUAACGAGCAGUCGUGCUAUUUUAUAUGCACGUUAAAUGUACAAUUACAGGAGGUACGUAAUGUAAGGCUUUCUUUGGCUACGAGGGGGUCAGACAGACAAACUUUCAACUUUCGAAGAAUUUUGGAAAAAUAUAACGUAGACACUCCUAUCGUCGUACAUAAAGAAGAAACAUAAAUAAAGAUGUUUAGCUGUUUAUUUUUCACUUGACUUUAACCGAGAAAAGCUUAGAUUGUACAGAACUGUAAAUACGGAUACGAACAUUCACGAGUACGCUAAGCAUCGCUGAUUGUUACGAUUUUUGUACACGAGGAAUUCUCUGCUCUUGUAUCAUUCGACUAGCUGCUUAGUAAUUGACGGAAUCAACGUUGCAUAGGAUACAAUAGCGAUACGUUAUUUUUAUUUCCAAGUUAUUUAUUACCUGUUACUAACAAGUUUCAAGAAUUUGUCAAAUAAUCAAAGUUUUAAUCGCCUAACGUUUGUAUAAACUUUGUUUCCUUUGUUGUUGAUAAUCCGAGCGCGGUAGAACACCCAUAAGGAAGGUAUAAUUGUAUAAUACUUAUCGCUAUUCGUCACAUAAAUGACAUAUAUGUAUUUUAUUUCACUUCCAUGAACAUGUUACAAACGGAGCAAUGUUUUUUUUUUAAGGAUACAAUAUACAAGUGUAAGAACAGUUUUGUUUGCGUUGAUAAACAAACUUUAGUGAAAUUACAGGAGAAAAGAAACAAAUAAAAUGGUAUGUUUUGUAGUUA